AGUCGUGCCAUCGAUGUAUUUGCCAGCACUAGUAAAAAAAACAUUACACAGCUGAAGGAUUUUUCGUAAAAUUUCUUACUCAUUUUCACUGCCACGCCCACGCCAUGUCGUAUUUGGCCAACUUUAACAACGAGAAUGCCAAGCAAAUACUGAUGGACAUCAUUCGGUGUGUAAACCAGCCUGAAAACUCGAAAAAACUGUCGCAAGCCAAGGCCUCGGCUGGCAAGGAAAUGUUAUUAAUGAUGCAGCACGUCUUCCCCCUGGUCAUGCAACUGCAGCUGGAGGUAAUCAAGGGCCAUGGAUUCCCGGCUAAUCGCGAGGGCCUAGUGCAGUUUUCGCAGCUCGUACGGGAAAUGGAACGCGAUGAUAUGGAAAUUGCACGCCUGCGCAGUCAAAUUCGGGCCAUCUACCUGCCGCCCAUAGCUAUAAAUACAACAAAUGAUAUACUAAUUUAGUAGGAAGUGUAUUACCCCCCCCUUGCACCCAAGACUGUACCUAGGCUUAAGUUAUCUCUUCACACAUUAAAAGGCGAAGUUUAUA